AUGGGACAAGGCCAGGCUGCGGCGCAGGCGGUGGCCGGCACGGGAUAUAAUGGACAAGCGCCUCAGCAGCAGUAUCAGCAACAGCAGUUUGGCCAGGCCAUGCAGUCCCCAGUGUCGCCAGGCUUCGCGCCAGUGUCACCCAGCCAUUCCCAAAGCAACUGGUCACCACCACAGAGCAUGCACCCUCUCCCUCUCCCACCGGUCCACCCACAGCGCCUUCCGUCGCCUCAGCCGAUGCAGAUGCCUAUACCAGCGCCACACCAACCACCUGUGCAACAGCCCGUACCCCUCCAGCAGCCCCAGCCCGUCCAGCUCCAACCAGGCCCCGAGCAGGUCCCCAUCCUCGCUGCCGAACCGCCUGCUCUGCCCCCUCCCCCGCCAUACACCGAGACCGUGUCGGACGCCUUCUCGGUCAACGUCCCUGCGACCCCGACGUCGCCGCACCAGUCCCUCCACAGCGUGCACGUCUCCCCGCCCCGGCCCACACCCACGUUCGUCGUCCACAACGCCGACCCGGGCAUGUCCCCGGCCCCCGUGCCCGGUGGCAGCGAAAAGUACGAGUACAGGCCGGAAAAGUACACGUACACGCCCAACCGCGGCAUGGACGGCGACGUGGGGCCGAGGUCGCGCGCGAUGGACAUGGGCAUGGAGGCCGGACCGUCGAGUGCUGGGCCGUCAAACUGGGCUGGCCCGAGCUCGUGGAGUGCGUGA